AUGUUUAAAAGAGCAAAUUGGUUGAAAGACUUGCCAACUUCACAGCUAAACUACGGAGUAGCCGUGUCAGACGUAGACAAUGAUGGAACAUUGGAAUGGAUCGUUGCAGGAUUCAAUGGUCCGAACUUUGUGCUUAAAUACAAUGCUACGACCAGACGUCUAGUUAAUCUUGCUCAACAAGAUCCCAGAUUUGGCGCAAUACGUGAUGUUGGUGGUCAAGCAAUUGGUGUGUGUGCAUGUGAUAUCGACGGGGAUGGACGCGAAGAAAUAUAUUUUCUGAACACAAAUAAUGCAUAUGCUGGUCGUGCCGAUUAUGGAGAUUCCUUGUUUAAAUGGAGAAACGGUAGGUACGUGAACUUGUAUUCCGACCCCAUCAAUUCAAGGAUGGAAGCAAAAAGUUUUGCUGGAAGAUCAGUGGCUUGCAUCGACAGACUUGGCACUGGAAAAUACUCUGUUGUCAUUGCUACUUAUUCUAGGGGAGGUGUCGGUAAUUUUGCUUUGGUCGAAAUGGAUGAAAAUCAUCCCAACAACGAUGCAAGAUCGGGCAAUAUUGUUUUGAAAAAUGUCGCAAAUGUUGCAAAGAUUAAUAAAGGCACGGGUGGAAGAGGUCUUGUCGUUGGGCCUAUUCUAGGGAAUGGUGGGCGGUCUGACAUCUUUUUUGGGAACGAAGGGAACCCUUGGAUGGGAAAUUCUGGAGACAAUUUCUUAUUCAAAAAUCUUGGAAACGGAUCAUUUGAAGAUGUUGCUGAAAAUGCAGGAAUUCAGGACAAAUAUAAUAAUGCUAGAGGUAUAAGUUUGGGCGACUUUAACAGAGAUGGAUUAAUGGACAUUGCAUACGGCAACUGGGAAGGUGAACAUAAACUGUUUAUGCAACAUAAGUCAGUAGGUGGCUUGAGAAAAUUUCGAAAUGUAGCAACGAAACAAUACGCUGUGCCAACAAAAAUUCGUACAGUUAUAACCGCAGAUUUUGACAAUAAUGGGGACACAGAGAUAUUUAUGAACAACAUCUGUAGCCACCGCGAUCCUAACGACAGAGAACCAAAUAAAUUAUUCACUGUUGUACCAAAUCCAUCAAAUAACAGUAAUGACCCUGUCAUCCGGAAAAUGAGCAUCGGCCAAGCUAAAGAGCCUCGGGGGUUCGGAACGGGGGCUGCAAUCACAGAUAUGGACGGGGACGGUUUACUGGACCUUCUGGUGUCACAUGGGGAGAGUAAAACACAGCCAUUGCAGAUAUAUAGAGUAAAUCGCAAAGUGAGCAAAAACGACGCCGGUAGAAAAAAUAACUGGGUAAGGGUGAUUCCUCGCACUAAAUACGGGGCGCCGGCUCGGGGUGCUCUCGUUAAAUUGUCGACUAGGUCCGGUAAGGUUUACACGAGUGUUAUUGAUGGUGGAUCAGGAUACCUCUGCCAAAUGGAACCGGUGGCUCACUUUGGAAUUGGACAGGACAAACCAAAGAAACUUGAAGUUCUGUACCCCGACGGGGUUACUGUAACAGCUUCUCUGAAAAGGUCAGAUAAAAAUAAAGUUCAUUUCGUUGACCAUCCUAAUAAAAGGCUUGUGGUCUAGGAAAAUCAUUAUUUGCAAACAUGCAGUGUAUCUAAAUCUUUCUCAGGGUCAGAAUCUCAAAAAUUAGAUUUGGAAAAUUAAAUACGUGCAUGCAUUUGUUUUUGUACAUAAUGAGUAAAAAGAUAAAAUCAGCCUUACAUAUAUAUCGUCUUUCUUGUAUCAGCACAUUUUUAAAUAUUAGACAUGCAUUGUAAUGAACAUGUAUAUUGAAGUUUUAUUGUGCACAGUGUUUGUUGCAUUUGUUUUGUGUAAUAGUUAAUGCUAACUGUACCUGUACCACAGAGACUUCAGUGGGCGUGGUUCAUAUUCUUGUAAUCUGUACAGCGUGUUAUUUAGACAUGCGUGUACAUUAUUAUUGAAUUUUAAAGUAAAG